GUUCUUCUUCUUCUCCAACCCAUCCGUCUUUCAUUUUCGACGCUCCUUGGCCUCCAUCAUCAGCAUCAUCAUCAUAUGUAUUACCUGUUUAAACUUCGAAUCUCAUCAAAUAUUCUCAAGCAACAAAUUAGCUCGUUUCAAUCAACCAGGUAUAAUAGAUCUUUCAGGGAUGUACUCUACAAAAGGGAAUCCGUUGCACAAUCAGUGCAGAUCCUCACAUGGUAGAGGUAGAAACCGUGCCAAUGAUCACAAUGCCCCUGUUUCUACCAAUGCCUACAACAACAAAAAGUACUUCAGUAGCAGCUUUCCACAUCAAGAUCUCCAUCUUCCAGAUAAAUUUGCAAAAAAAAUUAGGGACUGUUGCUACAACUACAUUGACAAUUCUGUGAAACCUGAGGUUGAACCUUCCACGAAAAGAAUGAAGUGUUCAUCUCCUUCACAGGGGAUGCACCAUCAGCAACACCAUGCACUUAAUAAUAUUCCAUCAAGGCGACCGCCCCCCAAUAACAGUUUGCAUCCAAAAAAUCAGGGUGCCUAUGGCAGUGCCACCACAGCCUACAACCAUAAUCUUACCAUUUCCGUUUCAAAUGUUAAAGAUAGUGAUAGAACUUGUUCUGAUGGGCAUGGGUCUAAUAUCUACAAGCGUGUUCGAUCAGAAAUUGAAGAUGGUGACAUUGAGGUGGGUUUUAUGACUAGAGAGGAAAUUGACAGGUGCUCUCCAUCUAGGAAAGAUGGUAUUGAUGCUGUGCACGAAAUGCAACUGCGAUAUUCAUAUUGUGCUUUCCUUCAGACGCUUGGAGCCCGACUUGAAUUGCCACAGACCACAAUUGGGACUGCCAUGGUUCUGUGUCACCGAUUCUUUGUUCAUAGGUCUCAUGCUUGUCACGAUAGAUUUCUGAUCUCUACUGCAGCUCUCUUUCUAGCUGCUAAAUCAGAAGAGACACCAUGCUCUCUCAACAACGUGUUGAGAUAUGCUGCUGAAAUAUUUCAUAAGCAGGACUUUGAAUAUUUAUCAUACAUACUUCCCAUUGUCUGGCUUGAACAAUACCGUGAACGCGUUAUUGAGGCUGAGCAAUUGAUCUUGACAACUUUAAAUUUUGAGCUCAGUGUGCAGCACCCAUAUGGUUCUCUUACAUCCACCCUUGAGAAAUUGGGAUUUUCCCAAUCAGUUUUGGUGAAUUUGGCAAUGAACCUUGUCAGUGAAGGGCUCAGAAGCUCGUUGUGGCUUCAAUUCAAACCAAAACAGAUUGCUGCUGGUGCUGCAUAUCUUGCUGCCAAGUUCUUGAAUAUGAAUAUGUCUUCUAAUCACACAAUCUGGCAUGCGUUCCAAACCCCACCGCCUGUACUUCGAGAUGUUGCCCAACAGCUGAUGGAGCUCUUUUAGGGUGCUGGAAAAGAGGGAUUAAAGUGACUAGAGAUACUAUAUUUCCCAAUCCCGAUCUUCCCAUGGCUCUUAAAGAUCACAGCAGUUUUUAUAGUCUCGACCUCAGCCGUGCGCCGGUUGUGCGUUGAAUUGUUGUGUAUAGUGUAAAAAUGAAUGAAAUGUGUGCGCGGAAGAAAUCGUCUUUACGCGCUCUCGUGUGGUUCUUACGUAAGUUGGAGUCUUGAGUAUAUGAAAAGCCUUUUACAGAAGCUGUUGUAAAAAUUUGAAUUCGUGCCCCAUAUUUCAAAUGAGGAAGCAGUGAAAUGCGUUAUAAGAUGAAAGUUGAAACAUUCAGAGAAGUGAGAUGCGUUUUUAUUUUAAUCAAUUAAAUUGUGAAUA